AAUAUUCCUGGUCUCUCGUUUCAGAGUGACUCGAACGGGGAUGGACGAGUGCUGGGUGGCGGCCCUAGCUACCCUACUGUUGCCGACCUCCAACCUUGGCUUGAGCUUAACGCAACCCUCUUCCGCUUUCCAGUCCUCUGGAACUAUAUUCAACCUCAGAUCGGAUCUAACCUUGAUUCAAAGAUCUUAGGUGUCCUUGACAGUUUGAUAGAAGCUGUCACAGCGAGCGGACGUUACGCGAUUGUGGAUGUUCAUAACUAUGCCAGAUUGAAUGGCAUGAUCAAUGGACGAGAUGCACCCUACAACAACAAACUAUUCUUCUUUUGUUUGACAAGAUAUGUGCUACAUAUCUUUGGCCUUAUGAAUGAACCACAUGAUCUGGGCAUUCUCACAUGGGGCCGGACCAUACAGUAUGUGGUCAACAGAAUCAGGACCGUCGCACGUACACAAUAUAUCCUUGUACCUGGCACAGAUUGGCAAGGUAUAACCAGAUGGGUUCAAGACUCUGAACGCGGUCUACGUCACAUCACUGAUUCCUCGAACAAGAUUUUGUACGAUGUACACAAGUACUUCGAUGAUAGGGGUGGUGGGUACUCGGGUACUUGUCAUACUUUCGAAUCAGGUGCCUUUCAAGCAUUUGUUGAUGCUAUGGAGAAAUUGAGAAAAAUGGCAAUCUUAACAGAGUCCUGGGGUGCAGCAAACGGUGGUUGCAAUCAAAUGCUCAAUGAUAUGCUGAGU